GCUGACUGUACACGUUACUUAAGCUAAAUCCCUCCAUAUAGACAGUGAAGCAGUGGGAGAUCUGUGGUCAUGUCUAUAUAAAUCAACUCCCCAUUUCUGCCCUGAUUAUUUAUUCCCGGGCUGGCUCUGCUCAACCUAAGACAGAACAAGAAGACAGACCCACUGUAAUCUGCAUCAAUCCACCUGUCCAGCUCUUCCCUAGCCUUAGUUACAGCUGAAGAGCCAUCAUGGUCUCCUUCCCAGUGUCAGUGUGCCUUUGUAUUGGUGUUCUCUCCUCCAUGGCUUUGGGAGCGGAUGAGACGGAGAGUCCGUGUGACGGUUUCUGCCCCGCCGGCUGGACCAGCUUCGGUGACCGCUGCUUCCAGUACAUCGCCACCAAAAUGAACUGGGUCGAUGCCGAGUUGCACUGUCUGAAACAGGGGGGGAACCUGGCCUCAGUGCACAGUGAAGAGGAGCACCAGUUUCUUAGAGAGCUAUAUAAGCGCCACGACCCCACAGAGAGCCCUUUCUGGGUGGGGCUGACAGACUGCCAGAAGGAGGGGGCAUGGCUGUGGUCGGAUGGCUCCAAAGUGGACUUCACCCGCUGGAAUUCCCACGAGCCCAACAAUAACCUCCACGGGGAGGACUGUGUGCACACAAACUGGUCCCUGCAGAAAGGGUGGAACGACUUCACCUGCAACUACGGUUACGCCUUCAUCUGCGCCCUGCGGACGGACGCGGUGGGUCUGUCAGGACAGGCUGUUGAUGGUGAGUUUUGUAAGGAGUCCUGCCCCAGUGGCUGGUUCAGCUUCAGUGGUCGCUGCUUCCAGUAUUUUCCCACCAAGAAGGACUGGGCAGAUGCCGAGAGCCACUGUGUGAGUCUGGGGGGAAACCUGGCUUCAGUGCACAGUGAGAGUGAGCACAUCUUUCUCAAGAAGCUCUUAAAGGCCAGUGACCCUGCAGAGAAGCCCUUUUGGAUUGGGCUGACAGACUGCCAGAAGGAGGGCAGGUGGAUGUGGUCGGACGGCACCAAGGUGGACUUUGCCCAGUGGAACCCCCGUGAGCCCAACAACAAGCGUGGCAAAGAACACUGCGUGCACUCAAACUGGGGGGGUCCGAAAUUGUUCAAUGACAUCCGGUGUGGCCUGGGUUACGCCUACAUCUGCGCCAUGCGGAUAAGCCCCUGAGCAAAUCACUGCAUCGCUGAGUUGGAGCAGUGCCACG